UCAUCUCACCGGCAUCAUUCAGCCAGAGUCGCUUCAUAAUCCUCUGCGCUGCAUAUGCUCUUCUAUCAUUAUAUCAAAGGCAGCCCCAUGUGCUUUUAGAAACCAAUGCAGCUUGGGCCAUUCUUUAAGUUUUUUCUUCAUGUAGACCCCUUGUAAUACAAUACUGUGCAUGGUAUCUUCAAGAAUAUUUAGAUUUAAUUUAUAGACAGAGGGUCGUUCAAACGCUGCCCUUUGGUAUCCGUUUAAGAGCAUCAUUUUUCUUCUCUCCCGCUUGACUGAAACCAAACGCAGUUUGAUAGACAGAAGAGACAGCAACUGACGGCUCCAAAAUGGGGUAUGGACGGUCGGACAGCUACCGCGUGGCAACCACGCAGGACACAAAUGAGAAGGAGUCUCCCAAAAAGGGAAAGGGAGGAAAAGAUCUGGAUGACCUGAAGAAGGAAGUACCACUGACAGAGCAUAAGAUGUCAAUUGAAGAAGUAUGCCGAAAAUUCAACACUGACAUUGUACAGGGUCUGACUAAUGCCAAGGCGGCGGAGUACCUCGCUCGGGAUGGUCCCAAUGCUCUCACCCCACCCCCUACCACCCCAGAGUGGGUCAAAUUCUGCCGACAGCUCUUCGGAGGAUUCUCCAUCCUGCUGUGGAUCGGAGCCAUCCUCUGCUUCCUGGCCUACGCCAUCCAGGCCGCCACGGAGGACGAGCCUGCCAAUGACAAUUUGUAUCUGGGGAUUGUGCUGUCUGCUGUGGUCAUCAUCACCGGCUGCUUCUCCUACUUCCAGGAGGCCAAGAGCUCAAAGAUCAUGGAGUCUUUCAAGAACAUGGUUCCCCAGCAAGCAUUAGUGAUCCGUGAAGGUGAGAAGCUCCAGAUUAACGCUGAGGAGGUGGUGGCUGGUGAUCUGGUGGAGGUGAAGGGAGGAGACAGGAUCCCUGCUGACCUCAGGAUCAUCUCUGGCCAUGGAUGCAAGGUUGAUAACUCCUCCCUGACGGGCGAAUCAGAGCCUCAGACCAGGUCACCUGACUGCACCCAUGACAACCCUCUGGAAACCCGUAACAUCGCCUUCUUCUCCACCAACUGCGUUGAGGGUACCGCUCGUGGGAUUGUCGUCUGCACUGGUGACCGAACCGUCAUGGGCCGCAUUGCUACUCUGACCUCCGGCCUAGAGACCGGAAAGACCCCCAUCGCCAAGGAGAUCGAGCAUUUCAUCCAGAUCAUCACCGGCGUGGCCGUCUUCCUGGGCGUCUCCUUCUUCAUCCUGUCAAUCAUCCUGGGCUACAGCUGGCUGGAGGCCGUCAUCUUCCUCAUCGGCAUCAUCGUGGCCAAUGUGCCUGAGGGACUGCUGGCCACCGUCACUACUCUCACUGUUGAAAGCCUAGGCCAAUAUGAAAAUCUGACAAAGUAUUACUCUGUGGUAUUUCUAGUUGCCUGUGCGAGCUAGUGGCUGCCACAUAGA